UUUGAACAAUUUUGUUCUGAUUUUCUGAACAAUUUGAAUUUGAAAUACAAUACUUAUUACUAUUAUUAUUUUUGUCAAAUUCAAUAAUCGAAAUGUUUAAUACAUAUUGUCAGAUAGUCUUUUAAUUUGACGUAUUAUGGAACAAAAUAUGCAUGGUAGUAAUGUAGUAUGUUAGAACAAAUUAUUACAUUAUUAAUUGAUUAUAUCGAUUAAAAUAUAUUCAAUGGUUAUAUAAAAAUUUAGUUUAUGUGUAAAAAUGAUCAAUAUUUUGAAAAUUUAUUUUUAUGUUAUUCACAUUUUCUUAAAUUAUAGUUGUCAUUUUUCUUGUUUAGUUGUUAACGUUAAAGAUCAGGAUGGCAGUGUUAUUAAAGAAAUAAUAUAUGCAAAUAUAACAGAUGAUACAAUAACACUAGAAUUACAAUUACCGGACUCUACAUUAAUCACACAACACAUUGAUUUCACAAAGGAAGUUCAAAUAGUACAAGUGUUGUUGCUUGGAGAAGAAGAACGUGGUCAAAAGCCAUAUCAAAUACUUUGUUUUGUCAAUCAUGUACAUGCAAAUGAAUUUAUAUCACCAGAUGCAAUGUCAAAACUUAGACAAAAAAAUCCUGGUACAAUUCGAGUUGCAGAAGAAAAUAAAGGUGUAUUUAAUAUUACAAUAGAUAUGAAAAUUAAAUCAAAAGAUAGUAAUUAUAUAUCACAACAUGUUGGAUCGUUAUGUUCUGAAGCACAAGAUACAACUUUUACUAGCAAAGUUGACAUUGAUAAAUGGGCUACUGUACCGGGCAUGUACUUGGGAAAUUUGUUACAAGCUGUCGAAUAUAUUAACUAUAAAUCGCCAAACUCUAAUUUGAAACUAUGUCGAGAUACAGGUAAAGUAUGGUCACACUGUUUAUGUACGAUGAAAGUAACCAUUCCUUGGUAUCCUUGUGCUUUAAAAUUCUGUAAAGACCAUAUUGGUAAAAAGUCAACAGCGGUUGAUAGUUAUCGAUGUGGUAUACAGACUUGUGGUAAAAUUAUGAAUUUUAUGUACAUUGUUAAACACAAGCAACAUUGUUUGACAAUUGAAUAACACCUAUCAUUAUUGGUAUGUAUUUAUAAGGUAAAUUAAAGAUCUCUGCUGUACGGUAAAUAAAUGUAUAAAUAAAUGUUGCAUUUACAUAUCCUUUAUAAUUAAUAACAAUAAAAACAUUUUAUUAAUA